UAUUCACUGUCAUGGCUUCCUGAGUAAAUGGACGUCUCAUUGCGCUGCGGUAACAAAUAACUGAAAAAUAGAACGUUUUAUUUCCUUAUUUGAGCUUGAAUUACGUUUUCAAAUCUGUAUAAAUAACCAUGGCGGGGAGCAGCACAGCGCAGAAAACAUGGGAGCUAUCCAACAGCAUGUCGGAAGUUCAGAGCAUCGAUGAAAUUUACAAAUAUGACAAAAAGCAACAACAAGAAAUCCUCGCUGCGAAGCCAUGGACGAAAGAUCACCACUACUUCAAGUACUGCAAGAUCUCAGCUUUGGCCUUGUUGAAGAUGGUGAUGCACGCAAGGUCAGGGGGGAACCUGGAGGUGAUGGGCCUGAUGCUGGGGAAGGUCGACGGUGAGACCAUGAUCAUCAUGGACAGCUUUGCUCUGCCAGUGGAGGGCACAGAGACCCGAGUCAACGCACAGGCUGCUGCAUACGAAUACAUGGCAGCCUACAUUGAAAAUGCCAAACAGGUUGGCCGGCUGGAGAACGCUAUUGGCUGGUACCACAGUCAUCCAGGCUACGGUUGCUGGCUGUCGGGCAUAGACGUCAGCACUCAGAUGCUCAACCAGCAGUUUCAGGAGCCCUUUGUGGCCGUUGUGAUCGACCCCACUCGGACUAUUUCUGCAGGGAAAGUCAACCUGGGUGCCUUCAGAACCUACCCUAAGGGUUACAAACCUCCUGAUGAGGGACCCUCAGAAUAUCAGACGAUACCUCUGAACAAGAUUGAAGACUUUGGUGUUCACUGUAAACAGUAUUACGCCUUGGAGGUCACUUACUUCAAGUCCUCCCUGGAUAGAAAGCUCCUUGAACUCCUAUGGAACAAAUACUGGGUCAACACCUUAAGCUCCUCUAGUCUCCUCACGAACUCGGACUACACCACGGGCCAGGUGUUUGACCUGUCGGAGAAGCUGGAGCAGUCGGAGGCUCAGCUGGGCAGAGGCAGCUUCAUGCUCGGCUUGGACACGCACGACAGGAAGUCUGAGGACAAACUGGCCAAAGCAACACGAGACAGCUGUAAGACGACCAUCGAGGCGAUUCACGGGCUGAUGUCUCAGGUCAUUAAGGACAAACUCUUCAAUCAGAUCAACACUUCUGCCAAUUAAAUGACGAGCUGACGUUGUCACCCUGGAAAAUGUUUUUGUGCAUUUAUUUUUUUUUAGGAUUAGGAUUUCUUCUUGUGUCCUAAAAAAAAUAAAAAAUACAACUAUA